UCUUAUUUUACGUUAAUGGCAGACAGAUCUACCUCGAAAAUGCCGGGUCAAAAGCAAGCAGAGGAAUCGAUAGUUCCAUCGGAUUUCAAUGAGGGUGAAAAUGGAGGAAGACGGAAGGAAGCAGGCGCAGAAUCGGAAGAUCACUCUGUGUUAAACAUGACUAAUUUGCUGUGGCAUGGAGGGUCUGUUUGGGAUGCUUGGUUCAGUUGUUCUUCAAAUCAAGUGGCACAAGUGCUGUUAACACUACCAUACUCCUUUUCUCAAUUGGGAAUGACAUCAGGGAUUGUUCUUCAGAUUUUUUAUGGUCUUCUUGGCAGCUGGACUGCUUAUCUUAUAAGUGUGCUGUAUGUUGAGUAUAGAAGCAGGAAAGAGAAGGAAAAUGUGAAUUUCAAAAACCAUGUUAUACAGUGGUUUGAAGUUCUUGAUGGAUUGUUGGGCCCUUACUGGAAAGCAAUAGGAUUAGCAUUCAAUUGCACUUUUCUUCUCUUUGGCUCUGUCAUACAGCUUAUAGCUUGUGCAAGCAACAUAUACUACAUAAACGAUCAUCUUGACAAGAGGACAUGGACGUAUAUAUUUGGAGCAUGCUGUGCCACCACUGUCUUCAUUCCUUCAUUCCACAACUACAGGAUUUGGUCUUUUCUUGGCCUUGGAAUGACCACUUACACUGCCUGGUACAUGGCCAUUGCAGCUUUAGUCCAUGGCCAGGUUGAUGGGGUUCAGCACACCGGUCCCAAUAAGCUGGUCUUGUAUUUCACCGGAGCCACCAAUAUUUUGUACACCUUUGGUGGACAUGCUGUCACUGUGGAAAUUAUGCAUGCUAUGUGGAAACCCCAAAAAUUCAAGCACAUUUAUCUACUUGCCACUCUUUAUGUUUUCACAUUAACGCUUCCCUCGUCGUCUGCCGUCUACUGGGCCUUUGGCGAUGAGCUUCUUAACCAUUCCAACGCCUUCUCCCUCCUUCCAAAGACUCGAUGGCGUGAUGCCGCUGUUAUUCUCAUGCUCAUUCAUCAGUUUAUUACAUUUGGAUUUGCGUGCACGCCUUUGUAUUUCGUGUGGGAAAAGGUGAUCGGGAUGCAUGACACGAAGAGCAUUUGCUUACGAGCACUGGCACGACUUCCAGUCGUCGUACCCAUAUGGUUCUUGGCUAUUAUCUUCCCCUUUUUCGGACCCAUCAAUUCUGCGGUUGGGGCACUUUUGGUCAGCUUCACAGUUUACAUCAUCCCUGCUCUUGCACAUAUGCUCACCUACAGAAAAGCCUCUGCUCGCGAGAAUGCGGCAGAAAAGCCUCCUCGAUUCCUACCGAGCUGGACGGCCAUGUUUGUGAUCAACGCAUUUGUGGUUGUAUGGGUACUCGUGGUUGGGUUCGGGUUUGGUGGAUGGGCCAGCAUGACCAACUUUGUAAGACAAGUUGAUACAUUCGGUCUGUUUGCCAAGUGCUACCAGUGCAAGCCGGCGGUGCCGCCACCACCAAAACAUUGAGUUGAUUCGGAGCCUAACGGUGUGGAUCGAGUUCGGACUAAUUGCAUUCGGAUCUCUUUUGUGUCUCGAUAUUUUUGUAUUAUAGAUGGGGAGUAUAAAUCAUUUUCCCUACAUGUGGUGUUUUUCUUUGGGUUGUCUUUUAAUUGAUUUUAUGAAUUUAAAUGUAGAUUUAAACAAUAGGGUGAUGAAUUGUGAUGAUUCUAAUUAAUUAAUUAAAUACUACAUAUUAUUCCCCUUU